UUGUUGGCAUCAGUAGGACUCUAUACCGGUUCACUUCACGCGGAUACCGGAACUUUUUUUUUUCCAUCAUGCUUCGGGUUUCUUCGCCCGUCUUUGUGUCGCUACUGUUUGUGUUCCAGGCAGUUGUGGUGAAGUCAGUCUGGAUCCCCCCCAGGACACCACUCAUUGAAAAUAAAGACUACAGUCACCAGGAAUAUGUUGCCAAGAUUCAUUCAGAUUUCGACAACGGCAAAGGGAAUAUCCAAUAUUUUCUGGAAGGUCCUGGGGCAGACCAGGUCCCCUUCAACGUGUUUGUGGUUAAUCAUGAAACUGGACUAAUUCAGCUCACCCAGAAGCUGGACAGGGAGCUAAUCCACACCUACAAUUUGAAAGGUGUUGCGAAGUACCUCAAUGGUGUAGAAGCAGAAGAAAAGGUUGAUAUCAAAUUCAAGGUUGUCGAUGAGAACGACAAUAGUCCAAAGUUUGGUAUCAUCAAGGCGGGGGAGGUGUAUGAGCUCAGUCCUCCAGGCACUCCGAUUAUGAAAAUAAAUGCAACUGAUGCUGAUGAACCAGGGAAUGUUAACUCAAAGAUAUUCUACAGCAUCGUUAGUCAGAGUCCAUCAUAUGGUAUGUUCGACAUUACCAGAGAUGGAAUCCUCCGUGUGAAAAAUGCUAAUCUGGACAGAGAGCUAGCAGAUUCGUACACUGUGACGGUAAUGGCUCAGGACUUAGAUGGCGCACCAGGAGGAAACAGUGCAACCAGCACUGUCACUAUCAAUGUCAAAGAUGUGAAUGACAACGUGCCCAAACUCACACAAGAGAAGUACGAAGCCAGCAUUGAAGAAAACGCAGAAGGUGUGGAGGUGAUGAGACUCAAGACAGAGGACCUGGAUCUGGAGGGCACAGAAAACUGGGAAUCUGUGUUUGAAAUCGUGAAAGGCAAUGAAGCAGGGUACUUCAAAAUCACAACUGACCCUAAAACCAAUGAGGGUGUCCUCUGGCUAGACAAGGCUGUGGAUUAUGAAGAUGUAAAGGACCUUGAUCUAGGGAUAGCUGUGAGAAACAAGGCCCCACCAUUUUCUGGAUCUGGUGCCUCUGGAGGCUGGUCUUCAGGAUCCUCAUGGCAAAGUGGGACCUCAUUUAAAACCUAUCCAGUCAAAAUCAACGUCAAGAACAAGCCCGAGGGUGCAGCUUUCAGUCCCAAAGUCAAGGCUAUUCCCAUCUCAGAGGGGGGCCAGAGCAUCAACAUUAAUGAUGUCAUUGCAAGCUACCCUGCAAUCGACGGAGACACUCUGAAACCAGCGGAGAACGUCAAGUAUGUAAAAGGCUCAGACCCUGGCAACUGGCUAACCAUCGAUCCAAAGACAGCAGAGAUCAAACUGAACAAGCUUCCCGACAGAGAAUCUCCACUCCUGGUCAAUGGGACAUAUUUUGCUCAAGUGCUGUGCAUUAGUGAAGAUGACCCCAGUAAAACAGCUACCGGCACUGUAGCCAUCCAGGUGCAGGAUUUUAAUGACCAUUGCCCCACCCUGACCAGUAACUUCCAGACGAUGUGUACCAGUGCGGAUCAUAUUAUUGUCAAUGCUAUAGAUGAGGACGGAUAUCCUAAUGGAGCUCCUUUUGAAUUCAGCAUUAUCCCAGAAGGCACUGAGGGGAAAUGGCAGGUCGAGCGUCUAAAUGACACCGCAGCUAUCCUGAGGGCUCAGGAACAAUUUUGGCCUGGUUUUUAUAAAGUGGAAUUUAAUGUGAAAGAUGCGCAGGGAGAGGCCUGUCCAGAACCACAGAAAGUGGAGAUCCAAGUGUGUACCUGUGAGGAUGGAUUGGUGUGUGGAAAACGAGGGUCCCAAGGUCAACUCUCCAAAGAAUCAGUGUUAGGACCUGCAGGCAUUGGACUGCUUUGCCUGGGCUUGCUGAUGUUACUACUCAUUCCUCUGUUGCUGCUCUUCUGUCACUGUGGGAGUGCUGCUGGUAUGCCAGGGGCCUUCACUGAGAUGCCUUUUGACACCAAAUCAAACCUCAUCAACUACCACACUGAGGGACAGGGAGAGAACACGGAAGUGCCACUUAUAACCAUGCCAACAGUGGAUGGAGGAGAGAUGAUGAAAAUGAGUAACCAAUCUUUUGUAAACGCGCCCAUGGCAAGUAUGGGUUUCCAGCAGUCCGUUGCCUCUAUGGAUGGGAUGAACGGGGGUGGGUAUGACGACGGAUAUUUAAGAGAUAGGUCGUGGGGGACGAUGACCGAGCACCGUGGCAGUGCCCACUAUUCUGAGUUCCAGGGCAGAGGAUCAGCAGCAGGGGGGGGACGUUUUGAUGGCAUGGCUCUGCCGGAACACAUUCUUGCACAAUACUACACUCAGAAACUUGCCAGUGGAAACAACAAUGGAGCGGAGGACAAUCUUUUGGUCUCUAACUUCGAGGGCAAUGGCUCCCCUGCUGGCUCAGUUGGCUGCUGCAGUGACCUGGAGUCUGACAACGACCUACAGUUUCUUGAUGACCUCGGGCCAAAAUUCAAGACCCUGGCUGAGGAGUGUGGAGGCAAGAAGAUCCAAACUGAAGUCAAAAAAGUGAGGGCUCCCGCUCAUACUUCCGUGUCAAGGGUUAUGACCCAACAGCUGCCACCUCCACCCCAGGUGCAGCCAACCAUCCCGCAAGCAGAGCGCACUGUGGUCAGGGAGACCGUGAAGGAAAGCACAGUGAGAGAAGGGAUGACCAGAGUGAACGAAGGGAUGACCAGAGUGAACGAAGGGAUGGCAAAUCAAGGCCAGAUGUACAUGCUACAGCAGCAACAGCCUGUCUACUACACCACCACCCCUAUGAUUCAGCCGAUGCAUUACGUAGUCCAGCCACAGGUUCAGAAUACUGUACUUCUGGCAGAGGCACCAUCCACCAACCUGCAAGGCAUGGUCCUGGUUAAUGGAACCCAGACUCUACCUUCCCAAGGCAUGAUGGUCCAGGGGCAGUCCAUGAUUUCCACUGCACAAGCUCAGGGCCCAGGAAUGAUGCUGGUAGGAGGGAGUGGAGUCCACACUGGCAUCCCCUCUGGCGCCCAGACCAUGAUGGUCGUGGAGGGCAGAGUCCCUGCAGGUUCAAUGAAAGUAUUGAAGGGGAGCCAGCCUAGCCUAGUGCAGGCAGGAGGGCUUUCAGGAUAUGUCCCUGCAACAUCUGUGAAAGUGCUAAAGGGAAGUCAGACAAGCCUUGUGCAGGGGGGAACUCCACUGCAAGGAGGGCUUUCAGGAUCUCAGAGAGUCAUGGUGGUUGGAGGGCCAACAAGCAGCCAAGGGCAACUGAUCCAGGAAGCAGGAGGUCUGUCCCAGAUGAAGGGCUCCUCUGGUUCUCAAGGAGUCCUCUUUAGCAAGAGUGGCUCAUCUGGUGGCUCUAAAAGCAGCGUAGUGAGUUCAUCUACCACAACAGUAAUGGGAACCCCCACCUACAGCAAGACGGUGGUGAAGGAGAAAUUCACAGAAUUGUGAUGAAACUCUUUUUUCAUGCAGUUCAAACUUUUGGCAAGACUUUCUCAAGUAUUUCUAUGAGACAUGUGUGCAUGUACCAUUCAUGGUGGAGGGUGUGCUACAGCAGUUUGACUAGGAAUGAUGCUUUAUGUAUCUGCAUGUUCACCUAUCUAUCUCUAUGUUAGUGCGCUAAAGCCCCGUUUCCACCAAGCAUUCAGGUUUGGUUCAGUGCACUUUGGUACAGUAGACCCUUAUCUUGCUUGCAUUUCAACAGCCAACCGUACCUUCUACUUAGUAAGCGGAGUGUAAGCCUGACAGUGGUAGCGGUGUCAGCUACAUAAUAGCCUGACAUGAUAGUGUGACAAUGUAGCCCGACAAUGAAUUAAACACCUCUAAGGUCAUCCAUGGGGCAGUGUUACAUGCUGACAUUAUUCACAAAAGCACAGCCUCAAAAUUACUUUCUCAAAAUCCACAUGAUAUUUAAACAUGUUAAGAUCUGUUUGUCAUUUAUUACCACUGCACACAGAAAUGGACAAUUCUUUCAACCAAUCAAUGGACUGGAGUGUCUAGCUCCAUCCAAUAGUUCACUUGACUACCCAACAGAAGGGAAGCAAAAAAGUAGGAUUGGUUAUUUUAGUACCGUUCCCAACUUUUGACAGCAGAAACACCAAAAAAUGAAUACAGAACUGAACUGAAGUGGACUGCUUGGUGGAAACGAGGAUUACCUUACUUACCUUACUUGUUUUCUUUCUCCCUAAAAUGCACUGAUUGUUCUUUUAAUUGGUUUUACUGCAAAAGUAUUUCUGUAAAAAUGAUCUUUUUUGUAAAUAUGGCAUGCAUCAUACAUAGACAGGAGCUGAUUUGAUCAAGAUAUUUGUAUUUUAAAUAGUUUGAAAUCUUUGUCUUAGAGAAGUUGGGAGUGUGUCAUUGGUUUAAAAAGGACCAGAAUGAAGUUCCAAUUAAACUAAUGUUAAGCCAACUUCCCCUCAGCAAAAUCUUGCGUCUUGAUCCAGUUUUAAGUUGAAUAAGCAGAGACGUAUUUAUCCUUAGUUUGACAUUUUGCAGGGGCCACUAAAAUGACCAUUGAUUAAGUCUGAUGCCUUGACAAAAACUCAACCAAUGGUUGCAUGUGGCUAUUGUUCUUGAUUUGUUGUAUAUUUUGAUUCAUAUUUGUUAAGUAUUGUUUUGCCUGCCAUGCCUGUAGGGUUUGCAUUGUCAGUGAGUGGGUCCACACCUUCAGGCUGCCUUGUCUCAACAUCUGUUAUAUGGAUUGUCAUGUUGUAAGCAUUGCUGAGAGAUUACUCUGAACCCCCCGCUCUGACACCAACAUUAGGUCAGAACUUUAAUUGUCCAAUACUUGGAUUUAUGGUCAAAUACUCUAAUUGUGUGAAAUCCCAAACAGCCUUGUUUAUGAGGAGGGUACAGUUAACCUUGUACAACGUGCUUCCUUUCUUGUACACUUUGCAAGCUGUGGCAACUUGCAAUGAUUCUGUCACACUUAAAGCACCUUUAGGCUGAAAAGGAGGGGAGUGGGGGUUACUCUCUACAAGAGCUUUGAAUUAAAAUGAAAUCAAACAUUACGUGCACUUGGUUUAUCAUGACCCAGGAUGAUUUAAACAUGCUUAACCUUAAAGAGAGCUAGUUAGGGUCAUGGUGUUGUUCAUGAGUGUGUUUCAACUAAAUUAAAAACUUCAAAUGACAAAUGAUGCAUCAACAACGAUUAGUACUUUGUUUCACCCCGCUUUUGAAAUACUGUAAAUGGUUUUCAAUGCUUAAAACGCACGCAUACCUUGUUGCUAUGCAGAGCGAUGUUUAUGUGCUUGAAUACAUUUUGACGUCAUGUCCACCUCAGGGAUAUCAUAACAUGUCAAGGAUUUUUUUUUUACUAUGUCAAGCUUGCUUACUUUAAUAAAA